AUGACUGAAGAUAACCAGUUUCCUUUACCCUCUUUUUGCUUAUAUUCUAAAAAGGCACUUACGAGCGAAAUUGAUUCAGAAUCAGAUAUUAUUCAGUUUCUAUCCCCUUCAACUGAUUAUUUAAAGGAACGCUUACCAAUGUUUGUUAGUAUCUUACAGUCACUGUUUACUGUAGUUCAUGACAUGCCCUUUUCUCAUACGACAGUAGAAGAAGAAACAGAAGAGGAGGAAAUGAAUGAUUUGGAGGAUGAAGAAGAGGAUGAUACUACGUGGUCACCAUUUACAAUUAUUGGGCUAAAUUCAAUGAAAAUGGUUGUUUGGCCAAACAUGUGUGAUCAAAUACAGGAUAACAUGAUUGAGAAAGAUUUGUGCUUGGUUAUCAUGCUUUCUUCAGACUUACAAGACGAUGAAAUUAUUCAAAAUAUGAAUCUGGUAAAGAACUCCUUAUGUGAUACAUAUUAUACCCUUACUGGACAACAACUAGGAGAGGAGCUUAUGCCUUUAAUCAAAUGUUGGUUUGAUAGGUCUUAG